AUGAUUGAUACCAAAAUUAUCAUCAACGCGCCACCCGCUGUAGUUCGGAAGGCUUUUCUGAACUUCGCCGCUCUCCCAAUCUACCACACCCGCUUUAUUGACAGCAUCGUCUCCCUGAGCCAAGACACGCAAAACGCCUUCACACCCGGUGACAAGAUCCGCAUAACGCUCAGUGCGGGAACUUUCACCGCGUCAGUUGAGGCCAACUCCCCCACAGAAUUCGCCUGGUGUGGAACGCUUGGGAGCAAUUGGGUUUUCCACGGAACGCACAGUUUCAAGUUCCUGCCUGCUAGCGAGACGGAGGAGACGACGCUUUUUGUGCAGACGGAGGUGUUUGGGGGUGUCUUGUCGCUUCUUGAGAAGGUGACUGAUGGAAGUCACAUGGCGGAGAAGUUUCAGUCGUUCAAUGAGGAUUUGAAACGGUAUGUUGAAGGUGGAUCCUGCUAG